AUGGCGCCGAGCGCCGUGUCUCCCGUGCGGGACACCAACCCUGAGCCCUUGGCCACUCUGACUUCCAAAUUCGACGAUACCCUCCGCUUCUAUCUUAAUGGAACAAGAGUUGUGCUAGACGAGAUCGACCCAGAGGUUACAGUCCUCGAAUACCUGCGGGGAAUUGGACUUACAGGGACAAAGCUUGGCUGUGGCGAAGGUGGUUGCGGGGCCUGUACCAUUGUGGUCAGCCAGUUCAACCCCACGACGAAACAGAUUUACCAUGCCAGCGUCAACGCCUGCUUAGCUCCUCUCGUCAGCUUGGAUGGCAAGCAUGUCAUCACGGUCGAGGGCAUCGGCAAUACCCAGAGGCCCCAUCCUGCCCAAGAACGGAUCGCCAAGUCCAACGGCAGCCAGUGUGGCUUCUGUACUCCUGGUAUUGUUAUGAGCUUGUACGCCCUGCUGCGGAACAAUAACUCGCCUUCGAAAGACGACGUCGAAGAGGCUUUUGACGGGAAUCUGUGCCGAUGUACGGGCUACAGGUCGAUUCUCGAUGCGGCUCAGACGUUCAGCGUUGAUAAGCCAGGUGUCAAGUUUAAGAAGGCUGGAGGAACUGGAUGCUGCAUGGAGAACGGCAACGGUCCACCCAACGGAGGAUGCUGUAUGCAAAAGGCGAACCUGGACGAUGCACCGAUCAAGAAGUUUACGCCCCCGGGGUUCAUCGAGUACAACCCAGAAACCGAACUCAUCUUCCCGCCCGCCCUCAAGAGACACGAACUGCGACCUUUAGCCUUUGGGAAUAAGAGGAAGAGAUGGUAUCGGCCCGUCACUCUCGAUCAGCUCCUUCAGAUCAAGGCCGCACAUCCACAAGCCAAGAUUAUUGGUGGAAGCACAGAGACACAGAUCGAGACCAAGUUCAAGGCUCUACAUUACCCUGUCUCGGUAUAUGUUGGUGAUAUUGCCGAGUUACGGCAGUACAGCUUCAAGGACGAUCACCUCGAGGUUGGCGGAAACGUUGUCUUGACUGAUCUCGAGAUGAUAUGCGAGCAUGCCAUCCCCCAUUACGGACGCGAGCGUGCUCAAGUCUUUGAGGCUAUACUUAAACAACUCAAGUACUUUGCAGGUCGCCAAAUUCGAAAUGUCGGCACCCCAGCUGGAAACCUGGUUACGGCCUCGCCAAUCUCAGAUUUGAAUCCGGUGCUGUGGGCGGCCAAUGCUGUGUUAGUCGCCAAGUCGUCAACAAAAGAGACAGAAAUCCCUGUCUCCCAGUUCUUUACCGGAUACCGAAGGACGGCGCUUGCUCCAGAUGCAAUCAUUGCAUCAAUACGAAUCCCCGUUACCCAGGAAAAGGGUGAGUUCUUCAGAGCAUACAAGCAGGCGAAGCGGAAAGAUGACGACAUUGCCAUCGUCACCAGCGCCCUCCGGGUGAAGCUGGAUGACAAGGGUAUUGUCACAGAAGUCAAUCUCAUUUAUGGCGGCAUGGCUGCGAUGACCGUUGCCGCCAAAACAGCCAUGGAGUAUCUUGUUGGGAAGCGCUUUGCGGAUUGGGAUACCCUUGAAGGGACCAUGAGCGCCCUCGGCCGAGACUUUGAUCUGCAGUUCAGUGUCCCUGGAGGAAUGGCUUCGUACCGAAAGGCUCUUGCUUUUGGCUUCUUUUACCGAUUCUACCACGAUGUUCUCACAAUUCUCGACGGUAGCUCGAACCAUGUCGACAAGGAGGCGAUCGAUGAAAUCGAGAGAGACCUAUCACAGGGACAAGUUGACGAGCAUGCCGCGGCCGCGUAUACGAAGGAAGUGACUGGACAAUCCAAAUCUCAUCUGGCCGCUCUGAAGCAAACAACUGGCGAAGCACAGUAUACCGACGAUAUUCCUCCCCUGAAAAACGAGCUUUACGCCUGCUACGUUCUCUCAAAGAGAGCUCACGCCAAGAUCAUCUCCAUUGAUUAUGCAGAUGCACUUGAUAUGCCUGGAGUGGUGGACGUCGUAGACAAGGACGAUAUGCCAUCUGCGGAUGCCAACAAGUUUGGACCACCACACUUUGACGAAGUCUUCUUCGCAGAGGACGAGGUAUUGACUGCAGGCCAACCGAUCGCCCUAAUACUAGCAACUUCACCUGCAAAGGCGCAAGAAGCAGCCAGGGCAGUCAAGGUGGAAUACGAGGAUCUUCCUGCGGUUCUUUCGAUUGAGGAUGCUAUUGAAGCAGACAGCUACCACAAAUUCUUCCGCGAGAUCAAGAAGGGCGAUACGGAGGAGGCUUUUAAGAAUUGCGACCACAUCUUUACCGGAACGGUGAGGAUGGGUGGUCAGGAACAUUUCUACCUCGAGACGAAUGCCUGUCUAGUCGUCCCUAAGCAUGAGGAUGGUGAGAUGGAGAUAUUUGCCAGCACACAAAACGCCAACGAGACCCAAGUAUUUGCGUCACGAGUGUGUGACGUGCAAUCAAACAAAAUUGUCGUACGCGUGAAGCGAUUAGGCGGCGGUUUUGGUGGAAAGGAGUCACGAUCAGUGGUUCUCAGCUCUGCAGUGGCUCUCGCGGCAAAGAAGACCAAGAGGCCUGUCCGCUACAUGCUGACACGAGAGGAGGACAUGGUGAUAAGCGGCCAACGACAUCCCUUCCUGGGCAAGUACAAGGUGGGAGUCAACAAGGACGGCAAGAUCCAGGCACUGGACUGUGACAUCUUCAACAAUGCAGGAUGGACGUUUGACCUGAGCGCGGCGGUAUGCGAGCGAGCCAUGACGCACGUGGACGGGUGCUACAGCAUCCCCAACGUGCAUAUCAGGGGACGUCUGUGCAAGACAAACACCAUGUCCAACACAGCCUUCCGAGGCUUCGGCGGGCCUCAGGGCAUGUUCAUCGCCGAGACGUACAUGGAGGAGGUGGCGGAUCGGUUGGGCAUGCCGGUCGAGCAGCUGCGGCAGAUCAACAUGUACCAGAACGACGACAAGACUCACUUUGGCCAGGGGCUGGGAGACUGGCAUGUGCCGCUCAUGUACAAGCAGGUGCAAGAUGAGGCCAUCUACCCGCAGCGGAGACAUGCCGUGGCCGAGUUCAACAAGGCCAACAGGUGGCGGAAGAGGGGCCUGGCCCUCAUCCCGACAAAGUUUGGCAUCUCCUUUACCGCCCUGUUUCUGAACCAGGCUGGUGCUCUCGUGCAUAUCUAUCACGACGGCUCCAUCCUGGUGGCCCACGGCGGCACUGAGAUGGGACAGGGGUUGCACACCAAGCUCACGCAGAUUGCUGCACAGGCAUUGGGUGUACCACUGGACAAUGUAUUCAUCUCGGAGACCUCAACCAACACGGUGGCCAACGCGUCUGCAACGGCAGCCUCGGCGUCUUCAGAUUUGAACGGUUAUGCCAUCUUUAAUGCUUGCGAGCAGCUCAAUGAGCGACUGGCGCCCUAUCGAAAGAAGCUGGGCCCUGAAGCAACCAUGAAGGAGCUUGCCCACGCUGCUUACUUUGACCGUGUGAACCUUUCAGCGCAGGGUUUCUACAAGACACCGGAGAUUGGCUUCGACUGGGACACGGGCAAGGGCAAGAUGUUUUUCUACUUUACGCAAGGAGUUGCCGCUGCUGAAGUCGAGUUGGAUCUGCUUACAGGAACAUGGACUUGUGUGCGGGCAGACAUCAAGAUGGAUGUGGGACAGUCGAUCAACCCGGCGAUCGACUACGGGCAGAUCCAGGGAGCAUUCAUCCAGGGGCUUGGCCUCUUUACCAUGGAGGAGUCACUCUGGCUGCGGAACGGGCCGAGUGCCGGUCACCUCUUCACACGGGGACCAGGCACAUACAAGAUACCCGGGUUCCGCGACAUCCCCCAGACCUUCAACGUGUCGCUGCUCAAGGACGUGGAGUGGAAGGAGCUGCGGACGAUACAGCGGAGCCGCGGCGUGGGGGAGCCUCCGCUCUUCAUGGGCAGCUCCGUCUUCUUCGCGAUCCGGGACGCGCUCAAGGCGGCUCGGGCCCAGGCCGGGGUGGCGGCCUCGGGGCAAGGCGAGGACGACGACGGGGGCCUGCUGAGGCUGGAGAGUCCGGCGACGCCUGAGAGGAUCAGGUUGGCAUGUGAGGACGAUAUUAUGCGCAGGGCGAGGGUUGUGCCCCAGGAUGGGGAGAAGAGUUUCUUUGUGGCGAUCUGA